AGUUACAGCAUUUCGCAAUAUUCACUGACGUCAUGUACCCUUCCACCAAUCAUACAAUCGGAUCUCCCUGUCACCUUCCUCUCGACGCUUGCGCAGAGCUCUGUUUCAAGAAAUCAUAUCACGUGACCAUUAGACGCCGCACAUUGAAUCAUCUUGCCCCUUACAUUAACGAAAAACUCCGAAAUAGUGAACGAGGAAUAAGAAAUACAAGGUCAGACAGAGGUGAUACGUGUAAGGCCUUUGAAUAUAUCGUCUCUACUGGGUAUUGUAUUUUACUGAAGAAAGCUGCGGCCACAGAUAGUCAAGGUUACCAGUCUCUUAAAACGGCUUCAGGAACAACAUAUUUUGAGCUUUCAAAAUCUGUACAAGAUUUGUACAUGAAGAAGAAUCACGUGGUUUUUGACGGCCAAGACAAGUACAACAAUAUUAUAUCGAAUAUUUCGGCUGAAAAGUGUGCCUAUGAGUGUAUAAAUGCUCCAGACUUGUCGUGUAAUUCCUUUGUGUAUAGCACAAGCUUGCACGUGUGCGCUCUGAGUAGUCACGUGGCAAGUAAGAACGUCCACUUUAAGACGACAAGCUUCUACGAUUUCUACCAGUAUUCUGGACGUAAGUUUGGAUUUUAUAGUUUCCAUUUUCCGAUGGAGUAAACUAAUUGAUGUUUUAUUAAAUUUAUAGCGCAUUUGUUCGCUUUUUUUUCUAAAAUUAAAAUAAUUGAAUGGUCUUUUAAGUGUUAACAAUCAAUUUCUUUUUUAGGAUGGCCUUGCAACGUAACAUUACAUUGGCAAUAUAAGCCUCGUGUAAUAGCUUCCCAAAUG